UCCACCCCAACACCCCCAAAAACCUUAAAUAACCCGAAAACCCCAAACCUAGCUCUCCCUCUUUCUCCUCCUUGCUUUCGCUGCUGCAACUCGCUUGCCGCCGAAGCAGGAGUUAAACCGAAACAAACGACCGAACGCACCGUUUCGUUCUCCGCCAUGCCUUCUCUCCUUCCUCUCUCCAACGACGCCGUUCCGAGCGAGGGCUCCAAAGACAAGACGAAGAAGAAGAAGAAGGAGGAGAAGAAUAAGAACCAGGCUCCAAACGACGCCGUUCCCGAACUGGACUUGCUGAGUUCGAAGAACAAGAGCAAGAAGCGCAAGAAGGGUUCGGAUGAAGAUGAAAAAGGGGAGGAGGUGAAGAGCGAGACAAGCUCGGAGCUCGUGGAUCCCAACGAGGAAGGUUUGAGAUCGAAAGAGAAGAAGAAUAAGAAGAAGAAAGCGAAGUUUGAGGAGGAAGAGGAAGAAGUGGUUGUGAAGAAGGAGGAUCGGAAUGCGAUUUCCAAGUUUAGGAUAUCAGAGCCGUUGAAGGCGAAGCUGAAGGAGAAAGGGAUCGAAUCGUUGUUUCCGAUUCAGGCCAUGACCUUCGAUAUCGUCCUUGAUGGUUGCGAUUUGGUUGGUCGCGCUCGUACCGGUCAGGGUAAAACUCUGGCCUUUGUGUUACCCAUAUUAGAGUCUCUAACAAAUGGUCCAGCUAAAGCGGUGAGAAAGGUUGGCUAUGGGAGGUCUCCUAGUGUCAUUGUGCUUUUACCUACUAGGGAAUUGGCUAAUCAGGUGCAUGCUGAUUUUGAAGUUUAUGGUUCGUCAAUGGGACUGGCUUCUUGCUGUUUAUAUGGUGGAGCUCCGUAUCAAGCUCAAGAGAUGAAGCUCAAAAGAGGUGUUGAUAUUGUUGUUGGAACACCAGGUCGUAUAAAGGAUCAUAUAGAGAGGCAAAAUAUUGACCUGAGCCAACUGAAGUUCCGUGUCCUUGAUGAGGCAGAUGAGAUGCUGAGGAUGGGUUUUGUUGAAGAUGUUGAGCUCAUUCUAGGUAAGGUAGAAGAUGUUAGAAAAGUUCAGACACUUCUUUUCAGUGCUACUUUGCCAAGCUGGGUUAAGCAAAUUUCUGCGAAAUUUCUGAAACCAGAUAAGAAAACUGCUGAUCUUGUUGGGAAUGAGAAAAUGAAGGCUAGUACUAAUGUGAGGCAUAUUGUUCUUCCAUGUAAUAGUACUGCCAGGUCCCAACUUAUCCCCGACAUUAUUCGCUGUUAUAGCAGUGGAGGCCGGACAAUUAUAUUUGCUGAGAAAAAAGAGUCUGCCUCUGAGCUUGCGGGGUUGUUGCCUGGAGCAAGAGCUCUCCAUGGUGACAUACAACAGUCACAACGUGAGGUUACAUUGUCCGGUUUUAGGUCAGGGAAAUUCAUGACAUUGGUGGCCACAAAUGUGGCAGCUCGGGGUCUAGAUAUUAAUGAUGUUCAGUUGAUUAUCCAGUGUGAGCCUCCACGGGAUGUAGAAGCCUAUAUUCAUCGUUCUGGGCGCACAGGAAGAGCUGGUAAUACUGGAGUUGCUGUUAUGCUUUUUGAUCCCAGAAGGUCGAAUAUAUCUAAAAUUGAAAGAGAAUCGGGUGUGAAAUUUGAACACGUAUCUGCUCCUCAGCCUGGUGAUAUUGCCAAUGCUGUUGGUGGGGAAGCUGCUGAUAUGAUUACCCAAGUGUCUGAUAGUGUUAUUCCUGCAUUCAAGUCUGCUGCUGAGGAGCUUUUAAACAACUCUGGUUUAUCAGCUGUUGAGUUACUUGCAAAAGCUCUUGCCAAGGCUGUUGGUUUUACGGAGAUAAAGAAAAGAUCACUUCUGACUUCCAUGGAGAAUUAUGUUACAUUACAUCUUGAGAUUGGAAAACCUAUCUUCACCCCAUCCUUUGCAUUUGGAGUUCUGAGGAGAUUUGUGCCUGAGGAGAAGGUUGAUGCAGUGCAGGGUCUUACUCUCACUGCAGAUGGAAAUGGUGCUGUUUUUGAUGUACCAGCCAAAGAUUUAGAUUCAUUUCUUACUGGUCAGCAGAAUGCUGCUAAUGUAAGCCUAGAGGUGUUAAAAGCAUUGCCACUUUUGCAAGAAAGAGACCAAUCAAAAGGAGGCAGAUUUGGUGGUGGGAAUAGGUUUUCAGGUGGCAGGAAUGGUAGAUUUUCAAGUCAGAAUAAUAGGUUUUCAAAUGGUUUCAGUGGUGGGAGAGGUAACGGAAACAGAGGGGGAAAGAGAUGGUAAAGGGGUUAGGGUGUUCUCUGUGCUGAAUUGUGUUAGUACCUCUGCAUAAAGGUACGGUGGAAGAUUAUAUAUUAGUGACUGGGAAGUGAAUUUGACGGUGGCCCUUAUGGUAUGGAGGAGUGAUAUUGGCGGGUUCACUGUGCCUUCAUAAAUCUUCACCUAUAUAAUCCUUUUUUUUUAUUAAUUUAUUGCUAUUUUAUUGUUAAAAACUUUGCCCCCCUCAAUUUUAUUGGCCGUCUGAGCCCUACAUUUACCUCAGUUUUGACAUGAACUUGUAAGAAUUAGGUUUCUUUAGUAUGUGGCACGAAAGUAAAAAUAUUUGAGUGUAUGAUUGACAGUGAUUAGGAAAAUAUAAAUAUAUUUUGUUG